AGUAACUGAAGAAACAAAAUACAAGUCAAGUCUUAAGCACAGUGGGUCUUGAAGUUUCUAAGCAUUUUCUCGUUCCAAAAAAUUGAAUCAAAUCCCCCAAUUUCUCUCUUCAAUUUUAGGGUUUCGCUUUGCUUCCCUUUCUCACUCUUAUUCGUCUCUAAAUUUGAUUCAAGGUUCAAUCUUUCAACUCUCCGCUUUGCGUUCUCCGCACGACAUAGUCAUUUAAGAAAUUCAUUUGGUUUUCCUCGGAUCUUUCUUCUAGAAACUGUCUGGGGUAUCUGCUUGGUAGGACUUCAUUUUUGGAGAGAUCAGUUAAUGUCUGAAUCAGACGCACAGCUUCCUACUGCCUUUGUUACUGAUGUUCUUUUGUGGAAGAGGUGGCAUGUUUCCUUGGGAGUCAUCAUUGUUGCAACAGUGGCCUGGAUCCUAUUUGAGUGGUCCAAUUUACCAUUUUUAACAAUUUGUUCAGAUGUCUUACUAAUUUUGAUCGUACUACUAUUUUUUCAUGCUAACUAUGCUUCCCUUCGAAAUAAACAACCACCAGCAUUACCUGAGCUAGUUGUUUCAGAGGAGAUGGUUAAUAAUGUAGCAGCUUCAUUUCGGGUCAAAAUCAAUAAUGUGCUUCUUAUAGCUCAUGAAAUCACUAUUGGAAAGGAUUUUAUAAUUUUUUUCAAGGUAGUGAUUUGUCUCUGGCUCCUGUCUGUCAUCGGCAGCAUCUUCUCCUUCUUUACACUUGCGUAUAUUGGAACCCUCAUGAUGAUUACUAUCCCUGCAUUGUACAAAAAAUACGGAGGUUAUGUAGAUAAAUGUUGUGGAGUUAUACAUCGCCAAUUUUCAAAGCAUUAUAGAAUAGUAGAUGAGAAUGUUUUCAGCAGACUGCCCCGAAAUAUAUCAAAGGACAAAGAGUCUUGAAAUUCAUGUUCUUAUGUUGUGUGUUUUAGAAUCUUACCAGCUUUUGCCUCAUGUAGGAGACAGGUUUGUAGUUUAGAUGUUGCUCAAGUCAACUGCGUGGUAACUAUUUUCAUUUUCCGGAUUUCGAAUAGAGAAAGGUUGCAAGCUUGUGUACCUAGCUAGUUUGAGGAUUUUGAUGUAGAAACUUUUAUUAUCAAUUGUUAAAAAUCUUGUGGAAAAUAUUAUAGAAGUUACACCGAAUGAUGACAAACACAGUUAGCAAUGUUUGAAUAUAUUCAUUAUAUUA